UUCCACCUGUAAACAAAAUCUUACUAAAAUUUCAGCAUAGACUUUUCUCCUCACUUCUAUCUCUUUUUUUUCUCUCUCUGUCUGUAUCUCUUAUUCUCGCCGGAAAACUCGCUGGCCGACGGCGGCAACAACACGACAGACUCAAACACACGUCACGUCAUCUCCAAAAACCCGAGAAACCCCCCUCUCUCUCAUGCUCUGAACUUGCAACCUCUAAGAAACCUCCAUGGGCAACUGCAACGCAUGCGUGCGAGGAAACGACGCCGUUUCUGACGAGAACAACAACAAAAACCCCAACGGUCAGGGCCGUAAGGACAAGAAAACCCGCCCGAACCCAUUCGCUGAGGAAGGCCUACUACGGCACUCCCCAGCCCCGAUCCGUGUGCUGAAAGACGUGAUUCCGGUGGGGCCGCACCGGACCAGAAUCACGGACAAGUAUGUUUUGGGUCGUGAACUGGGCCGGGGCGAGUUCGGGAUCACGUACCUUUGCACGGACCGGGAAACAAAGCAGGAGCUAGCCUGCAAGUCCAUCUCGAAGCGGAAACUUCGCACCGCCGUGGACGUGGAAGACGUCCGGCGGGAGGUGGCGAUCAUGAACGCGCUUCCUGACCACCCGAACGUGGUGAAGUUGAAGGCGACUUACGAGGACGACGAGAACGUUCACCUUGUGAUGGAGCUUUGUGCUGGCGGCGAGCUUUUUGAUCGGAUCGUGGCGAGAGGACACUACAGCGAGCGCGCGGCGGCGAACGUGGCAAGGACAAUUGCAGAGGUGGUGAGGAUGUGCCACGUCAACGGUGUCAUGCAUCGGGACCUGAAGCCGGAGAAUUUCUUGUUUGCGAAUAAGAAGGAGAACUCGGUUCUUAAGGCCAUUGACUUUGGACUCUCCGUGUUCUUCAAGCCUGGAGAGAGGUUUACGGAGAUCGUUGGGAGUCCGUACUAUAUGGCGCCGGAGGUAUUGAAGAGGAACUAUGGGCCCGAAGUGGAUGUGUGGAGUGCUGGCGUCAUUCUUUAUAUUUUGUUGUGUGGAGUUCCUCCGUUUUGGGCAGAGACCGAACAAGGGGUUGCAUUAGCAAUUUUGAGGGGAGUGAUUGACUUCAAGAGGGAGCCAUGGCCGCAGAUAUCAGAUAGUGCUAAGAGCCUCGUGAGGCAGAUGCUGGAGCCUGAUCCUAAGAAGCGGUUGACAGCGGAGCAGGUUCUUGAACAUUCCUGGCUACAGAAUGCAAAGAAAGCUUCAAAUGUUCCGUUAGGAGAUAUUGUGAGGACAAGGCUUAAGCAGUUCUCCGUGAUGAACAGAUUCAAAAAGAGAGCUCUUCGGGUGAUUGCUGAACAUUUAUCUGUUGAAGAGGUAGAAAUAAUCAAAGAUAUGUUUACAUUGAUGGAUACUGACAGAGAUGGCAAAGUAACGUACGAGGAACUUAAGGCCGGGUUGAAGAAGGUUGGUUCGCAAUUGGCUGAGCCAGAGAUAAGGAUGCUGAUGGAAGUGGCUGAUGUUGAUGGGAAUGGAGUACUGGACUAUGGAGAGUUUGUAGCUGUGACGAUUCACUUACAAAGAAUGGAGAAUGAUGAGCAUAUCCGCAAAGCAUUCACGUUUUUUGACAAAGAUGGGAGUGGCUAUAUUGAGUUAGAUGAGCUAGAGGAAGCAUUGCUGGAUGAGACUGGAGAAACUGAUAAGGAUGUAUUGAAUGACAUCAUGCGAGAAGUCGACACUGACAAGGAUGGUCGAAUCAGCUAUGACGAAUUUGUAGCCAUGAUGAAGACAGGAACUGACUGGAGAAAAGCAUCAAGGCAGUAUUCAAGGGAGAGAUUCAAGAGCUUAAGCAUAAAUUUGAUGAAGGAUGGUUCGCUUCAGCUUCAUGAUGCGGUUAGUGGCCAAGCAAUAGUGGUUUGAGUAUACAAAGUAUAUUUCUCAAUUUCACAUUUCCCCCUUCACCACUUACUAUUCUUGAGAGCAUGGCUUUUGGAAUCUCUCUGGCAAAUUUUGGGUUGGAACAUUUUGAAGCAUAACUGAUUGAUUUACAUAUCUACCUUGGGUUUGAGUUGGGUAGUUUAGGUUUUCUGAGUUUGAUUUGGGUGUUAGGUGCCUCUGAAGUAAAUGAGUUGGAGGGUUUGCAUGCUAAUGUUUUGUUAAAUAUGUUCUUGAAAUCUUGUAGGCGGGCACAUGCUGCAAGCAGCUUUCAAAAUGUCACAUAUAUAUAUUCUUUGUAUAUCUUUGUCCUGUUGUUAUUUGUGUUUGAUAAUUCCAUUGGUAAAUGUGAUUUUUCUAACUUGUGUGCAGAAAAAAGAAAACAAAAGAUGUUAGAUCUUGUC